ACUGUUCGGACGCUGUUUCUGUGCGCGCGCGUGCGUCUGCUACUGACGGAUCUUGAGUCGAGCUGCGGUUUGCGGUUUUUGAGUUGAAUGGGAUUUUCUGGAUUAUUUUGGCGUUGUUUUAUGUUGCGUUCGAAGUGGUGCCACGGAGAUGUAAGUUCGGUUUUGUUGUCCUUUUUGGACAGGCUGCCUUGAAUUAUCUCGUAUGCUCGUGACUGAAGGAAAGUGUAGUUUACCCGUAGACUUGUUACGAUAAAUUGCUUGGCGGUGUAGUAUUUAAAUAGAUUGCGCGUUUCGGCGCACGUUCAAAGAGACUUACGCAUCGGGUUUUUUGCUUUAUUUGCCUUCUCGUGGUGCGGAUUUUGUUCCUUUUCUGACGCCCCAAACGGACCGAAAUAAUACGGUGUUAAUAUGUCAUCGACUUUUUUGUACCGCCACCGCGAGUGACAAUGUGGUUUCUCAUUUAGAGCCCGGUACCAAUCAGUGAAUUGCCUAUAGAUUGGUUGAAAAUAAAAAUAAACGAAAAUAUUCUCACCAUCGAUUGGUGAGGCAGCAAGUGUGAAAACGUAUCAACAAUUUCGUGGAAAAUGAUCCUUCCCUCGUAAAUACUGGUGUGUAGUGGAAGAAAAUAAUUGUGAGAUCUCAGCUAGCCUGUGCUUUAGCCAUUUUCUCGGUUUGAGAUGUGAGAAGGUGCAAUAAAAACCCGAAGAAUUAACAAAAAGAAAAGGAAACGUGCAUUUUGCGAGAUUCGGAGAGGGAGAAAAAAAAAAGUUUUUGGAUGUGCAGGUUUGACGAAGAAAAAUUAAGUGACGCGAAAAUCACCCGUGCAAAGGAAACACGUGAAGAAGUUCAAAAAUGCAGCUUCAUUCCUUCGCUUGAAAUCGGGUGUUUGGAAUCGGCAGUGUUGUGUCAGUUCGGAGUGCGCUUUUGAAUUUCUCUCCGCAUCGAUCAUCAAUGGUGUGUUUGCUGCCUGUGAACUUCAGAUGUAAAACAGUGACUCGACGGAUUGAGAUUGAAGCACUUGGUGUCCUGUGUUGUCGCGUGAAGCUUUCCUUCUUGUUGGUGGAGCGUAUUUCGAAGACAGACUAUAACCAGCAUCAACAAUAGCAACCGCGAGCCGCAGGAACAGUAAUGGGGAAUCGUCGUGAGUUCGAUAUGCUAAUCAUUUGUGGUUGCUAUUCGACAACGCUCGAUCUAGUGAAGUUGCCGUCAUCACGCAUUUGCUGUGGUAUUGGUAUUGGCCUAUUCUAGUGAUUUUCUAGACCGCUGCUGAGCAAAUAGUUUUUUUUUCUUUGCGGAAACCAGAACGUACCAGAGAAAAGGCAAACAGCUUUCGCAUAAAUCAUGAUAGUGUGAAAACAAAAGAAUACCAUUUCGAAAAGUGUGUAAAGGAAUCAAAGUGAAGUGCAGGGAGAAAGGCGAGUUGAGUGAUCGCAGUUAUCAUCAAUGGUGGAAGUAAGUGCUGCAGAAAGCGAGAUAUAAGCCAAAGUGCACACAGCCAGGAAGUUCGAUAAGUGAAUUUUGCAAAACGAAAAUGUGGUCAAUUAGUGGCCUAUUGAUGGCCUUUCUGUGCGCGUGCUGCCUUUUGGCGGCCUCAGCCAGUGGGAAACUGGGCCGGGAUGAUGUGGAUAUCGAAGAGAUGCAACGCGAUGACCCGUUCGGUUAUCAGAGGGACGACGAUGCUGAUUCGGGUGAGAUUCGGAUUGCCCAGCCACUGCGCCAUCGCAAUGGGCGUAUGCGGAUUGGUCAGCUUCGUCGCGGUGGACAUCGAACGAGACACUCUAAGCAUGAUCUCAAACUGUUAUCCGGGCUCACAUCAUCUUCUGCGGUUGAUUUCGAGCAUGGCUUCCAGAAGGCAACCGGAUUGUGGCCAUCGUUUUUCAACGUUGCAAUGUGGGCGACAAUUUCGGUGAAUGCAACCUGUGGUCAACAUGGCAAGGAGGAAUACUGUCGCCUGCAGGACCCACACAGAUCGCGAUCUUCGCAGUGUGGCAUAUGCGAUGCCAACAAUCCGGAUCUGGAGAAACGACAUCCCAUUACGAACAUUGUCGAUGGGACGAAUAGCUGGUGGCAGAGUCCGACGAUGCAGAAGUCGAGCAAGAAUGAUCGUGUAACCAUUUCGCUCGAUUUGGGACAGGUCUACCAGGUUGUGUUUUUCACGAUGCGUGCUGCUAUAUCCCCCCUACCGGCGGCGUGGGCUUUGGAAAAGUCUACCGACGGUAAGGUCUACAAUGCAUGGCAGUACUUUGCCGCCGAUGAUGACGAGUGCCGUGGUAGGUUCAGUCUGGCCGCUCACAGUGCUAACUACAUAUUCAAGAACGACUCCGAAGUGAUAUGCUCAACGCAGUUUUCCUCCGUCGAUCCGCUGGAGAGUGGUGAAAUCAACCUGUCCCUCAUCACGGGUAGACCGAGCGAGAAAACAACAUCGCAAGAGCUGCUCAAUUUCACCCUAGCUCGCUACAUUAGGAUUCGCCUGGUACGUAUGCACACCGCGGUCUUCCGUGAUGGCGUCAGUGCUGACAGUGGAAUGGACACGCAGGCGCAAGCAAAACGGAGCUUUUACACCAUUCGCUCGCUGCGGAUCGGAGGGCGGUGUUUCUGCUCCGGCCAUGCUGCAAAGUGCAAAGCGAACGACAACAACAUAGACAACCUACCGCGGUGUGAAUGCAUGCAUAAUACCUGUGGGACGCACUGCGAUCGAUGUUGUCCGUUGUACAACCAGAGACCGUACCGGAUGGGAACCCCAUUUCAGGCCAAUAAAUGUGAAAAGUGUGAGUGCAACGGUCAUGCCAAGGAGUGCCACUACGAUCGCGAGGUGGACGAAAAGGGCCUAAGUGUGAAUGUCCGGGGGAAGUUGAGUGGCGGUGGAGUUUGUAUGAAUUGUACAAAAUUUACCACUGGAAUCAACUGCGAAAAGUGUCUCCCAUUUUACUAUACGCCAGUCGAUAGGAUGCCGAACGCAGAAGUGCCCUGUUUGCCUUGUGACUGUAGUUCGAAAGGCUCCACCGGGGAGUGCAAUCCAAUGGGUGGGGAAUGUGUUUGUAAGGAAGGAUUCACUGGCCCCAGAUGCACGAAGUGUGCUCCUGGAUACCAUGGAGAAAAGUGUACCAAGUGCCUAUGUGAUAUAAGAGGUGCCAUGCCUGGUGGAGAAUGCGAGUCUCAUUGUCAGUGUAAAUUACACGUGGAAGGUGAACGGUGCGACCGCUGUACUCCAGGGUAUUUCUCUUUGAGCGGAAGCAAUCCUGAAGGUUGUUUAAAAUGUUUCUGCUCGGGGGUAGGCCAAAGCUGUACCAGCGCAGAAAUGUUAAGCACAAGCUAUGGAACAUUGGAAGGUUGGAGCGUAACUGAUAUAUCUAGAUCAAAAACCGUUUACCCUACCAGAGAUAAUGAAACCGGGUUUAUGGUAAUUGGAAUGUUUGAACUCUCCGAAACAGAAGCAGUGUAUUGGUCCGCUCCGAAGCCAUACCUCGGAAAUCGACUUCAAAGCUACGGCAGUAAGCUAACUUUUAAAAUUUCCUGGGUGAUCGUUCGAGGUGACACCAGUGGAAAGCCCACUACUGGCCCAAGCAUUAUCCUCUUCGGAAGAAACGGAAUGAAGAUCGCAUACGGAGAAGAAACGUUCACGGGACCUUCGAAUGCAACCGUUGAAAUUGUGCUGAAGGAAGAAAAUUGGUACCACGUUCCGAUAAGUGUAAAGGACAUCGUCACACGUCUCAAGAGGACUGAGUACCAUGGCGAUCCCGUGACAAGAGCGCAAUUUUUGUCAGUGCUGAUGGAUGUGGAAGGCGUUUUGUUGAGGGGAACCUUUCACACCGAUCAAGUGGAGAGUGUUUUGGAAGCUGCGACUUUGUACGAAGGAAGAAAUGAAAGUGAAGUUAUUGUGCGGGAAAGUUUGGUUGAAAAGUGCGAUUGUCCACCGGGUUAUACUGGAUUAUCAUGUGAGCGGUGUGCUUUUGGUCACGUCCGAAUCUAUGAGAAUACAAUCACUCACGAAAAUGUUGCAAAGUGUAUCCCGUGUACGAUGUGCAACGGUCAUGCGGAGAGUUGUGAUUUGGAAACAGGAGAAUGUGGAUUGUGUCAUCAUAACACGUUUGGUGAUACUUGCGAGCGGUGUUUGCCAGGAUACUAUGGAAAUGCUAUGAUCGGGAAAUCGGACGAUUGUAAAAAGUGUGCCUGUCCGUUGGAAGAGGAGAGUAACAACUUUUCGCCGAGCUGUUUGUUGAAGAGUGGAGCUGAGUUUCCAAAUACCACAGAAUAUGUCUGUACGCAAUGCCCCGAAGGCUACACAGGUGACCAUUGUGAAAUAUGCGAUGACGGCUAUUACGGCAAUCCGCUGGAACUGGGCGGCAAGUGCCUCUCCUGUCCUUGUCACGGUGGUCCGUGCAAUGCAAGGACAGGGGAGUGUAUCGAGUGUUUAGGCAACACGGAAGGAUGGCGUUGCGAGCGGUGCAAGAGUGGCUACUGGGGACUGCCUGACGAGGGAUGUGAACCGUGCAGUUGUUCGGAAGUUGGUGCUCUGGAGAAUGUGUGUGAUGUCAUUACGGGCCAGUGCAUCUGCAAGGCCCGCUACGGCGGACGAAGGUGUGACGAGUGUGAUAGUGGCUACGGAAACCUGGACCUUGAUUGUCCGGCAUGUGAGUGUCAUGUGAAUGGUUCGGAAAGUGGUGCUUGCAAUAAGCUUAGUGGUCAGUGUGAGUGCAAGUUGGGUGCUGAAGGCAUCAAUUGCGACCAGUGCGAGGAGGAGUUCUUCGGGCUCUCGGAGGAGUUUCCAGACGGUUGUGAAGGCUGCAAUUGUCACGUGCAAGGAUCGGUAAACCGGCUAUGCAACCGGCACAGUGGCCAGUGUGUCUGCAAGCCCAAUGUCAGCGGUCGACAGUGCAACAAGUGCGCGAUCGGAUUCUGGAACGUGGAUUCCGGUGUUGGGUGCGUCCAGUGCUCGUGCGAUCCCAAUGGCAGCGACCAUCGGGAGUGUGAUAUGCAAACCGGGCAGUGUUUCUGCAAAGCCGGUGUCGAAGGCAUCAACUGCAACCAAUGCAAGCAGGGAUUCUAUGGAUUCUCUAGUCAGGGGUGUAAGAGAUGUGAACAAUGUGCGAGUGAAGCGUACGUUUGCGAUCCGGACACGGGUCGAUGUGUGUGCCCUCCCAACAGCCAUGGCCAUGAGUGUCGCAUCUGUGCGGUCAACACCUGGAACAAUGUGUUCCAACGGGGAUGCACCCACUGCGAGUGUGACAUUGCCGGUUCUGUCGGGCAGGCUUGCAAUAGCGUCACUGGACAGUGCAACUGCAAGGAAGGCUUUACGGGAAGGCAGUGCAACGAGUGUGCCAUCGGGUACUAUGGAUAUCCCAACUGUCGGCGGUGUGACUGUGAUGAACGGGGCUCGAUUGCAAGAUCUGAUGGAAGUCUCGACUGUGACGAUAAAGGACAAUGCCACUGCAAAUCGAUGGCAUUUGGUCGAACGUGCGACCAGUGUAAGUCGGCCACAUUCGGAUUGGUGGCGAGCAAUCCAGAUGGCUGUACGAGAUGUUUCUGCUUUGGACGAUCGCAGGAUUGUGAGCAGAGUGAGUUUUCGUGGGGACAGAUUCGUUUACAAGGCUCGAGGAACCUGAGCGUUGAGUAUGUGGCCAAAGAAGAGGACGACUUCGAUUUCGAUUACGUUGUAGUGAUCCAGCUCGAGGGAACCAAAACAAAUCGGGAGGAUGCGGAGAUCAAGAACAUGAACAAUCUGGAUCUGAUUCCGAGCUCUACAGGAAACGUUUCGAUUGGGGCGUACAGUGCGUUCCAAUAUCCGUUGUAUUUUCAACUCCCACCGCACUUUCUAGGAGAUCGUACUACCAGCUAUGGUGGGCUAUUGAACUUCACUCUAGUCACGGUUGGAGCAUACCAGAACAUCUCGGAGGGCUCCCUGCGACAAUUUCCGUUAGUCCAGUUGCACACUCACGAUGAACUGGUUUUGGAUUUUUACGACGAUCAAAUAGUGUAUAACAAGGACGUUAUCCAUCAUUCGGCUACCUUGCAUGAACGAUUUUGGAAGAAUCACUACGAUGGACAGUUGACCUCUCGAGCCAUUCUAAUGGUGGCAUUGCAAAAUGUGAGGCAUGUGUUUGUUCGGGGCACCAUCAGCACAGACUUUCGGCAAGUGGUACUGACAAACGUCACGUUGGACGCAGGAAUUUACGUGAAUGGAGCGGAAAAUAAUCAUGCCUAUGGAAUUGAGCGAUGCAGUUGUCCUGUUGAAUACAGCGGUUUAUCUUGUCAAGAUCCGGGAACAGGAUACUAUCGAUUCAAGCCACAGAUUCCGAACAAAUUACCGGAAACGAUUGACGAUUACAUUGGAAAGAGUCUCCCGUGUGACUGCAAUGGACGCAGCAACGAAUGCAAUCCGGAAACUGGAGUUUGUGUGAACUGUCGAAACAACACCGGAGGGGAUCACUGUGAAAUUUGUGCGGAUGGAUUCUACGGUAAUCCGAGCUACGGAUCUUGUCACGCUUGCCCCUGUCCGGAAACGAGAAAGAACUUUGCCAAAGGUUGCGUUGUGAAGGGAGAUGAAGUCAGCUGCAUCUGUAAGCCCGGCUACACGGGAAGACUAUGCGACUCGUGUGUGAAAGGUUACUUUGGAUUUCCGCAUUUGGAGGAUGGGCGGUGCGAUUCUUGCGGGUGCAAUCGAGAAGGAAGCAUAUCGGACGAGUGCGUUGCUUUGACUGGGCAGUGCCGGUGUAAACCGGGAAUCACCGGAAUAAAGUGCGAUCGUUGUGAGCAGCCAAAGCAUAUCGUGCAGAAUUACAAGUGCAAACCCUGCGACAACUGCACAGUGAUACUGAUCGACGAUCUUACCUACCUAACCGACAACCUGGAACGUGAGACGGAUCAUAUCGAUAGGAACGGCAUCCCAGCUCCAUGGAUCGAUUUGGAGCAAUUCGAACAAGACUCGGAAGCUUUGGGCUCCGCAGUCGGCCAACUGUUGGACGUGAAGGACCGUUUGGUCAACUUUGAUCAGUCUAUUUUGGAUAAUAUGAAGCGCAACGCAACUUUGUUGAACAAACACCACAACAAGCUCACCAAUCGGCUGAACGAAUUUCGAGACAUUUCGGUCAUAAAAACUAUGGAACGCUCCGUGGCGUUAGCAGACGAUAUACACGCAAUGAAGGACGACAUCGAGCAAACGAUACGAGUGCUUGAUAACUACGGAUCGAGUGACAGUCAUAUCAAGCUGCCAGCUGCGCUGAAGGAAGCUACCGAUCUACUAGACGACAUCAAGCUCAAGUACGGUCAGAGUAAUUCCCGGCCAGAUGUGCUGGAGUGUGCUGCAAGGCAGUAUGAUCUCUGGGGCAACAAAUCGGAAAUCGUGCAGAGACAGAACAAGCGACUGGAUUAUUUGAAGUUUGAAUAUUCGCUGUUCGACGAUCGGAUGGUGGAUUUUGACCGGUUGAACAAGGAGGUGUUCAAUAAUGCGAUUUUGACGGAGAUGUUUGCGAGUAAAAAUAGACGAAAACUGGCGGAGGUUGAACGGAACUUCCAACAAGCAGACGAAAUGGUUGAUGAUUUGGACGCUUUCUUGGAUGAGGAUGUGCUGACUGAUGCUGGAGUUAAAUAUGAGAAGAUCAAGGAUAACCAUAAGCAAUUGGCGCAGAACAAGGAGAAUUUAAGAUACUUGAAUGAUGCUUUGGAGGAAACGAUUAUGGAAUUUGAUGAAAAGUUUGAGGAAUUGAUGGCGAAUGAAGUGCCGGAAGCGAAAGAGCAUGCGGAACGGUUGAAGAAAGAAUCGGAUGAGUUUCAGCAGCUGUUCACGGAAACGGAGGAUGGUGCUGCGAAUGCUAUGAAGGCUAGCAUGGCUUACGAGAAUAUGGUGGCAGCGAUUGUAUCUGCUCAGGAAUUGGCAGAUAAUGCUACGGACAGUGGACGAGUGGCAAACAAUAAGGUGAAUCCACUUGGCGACGUUCCGUUGAUAGAGCGGAGCGAGCACGCGUUGAAUGUUUCUUCGAACAUUGAAAAGAAAGCACACAAGGAGUUGGAGAAAGCAAACGAGCUGAAUGAGGUUAUGGUAUCGAAGGAGAAGCAAGUAAAGAGCUUGCAAUACAAGAUGCGACUGGCGGGAGUUGAUAACAACAAGGUUUUGGAGGAACAGGGUUUGAUCACGAGGGGUGACACGAUGAAGAAACUGCAGGGUACGCUCGAUCAAGCUAAUAUCGUUUCCGAUCAAAUGAAAUUCGUCCGGGAAGAGGCAGUUGGUUUGAACAGUGAUGUUUAUAAGUUGAAGCUGAAACUGGCUAAACUGGAACCGGAGUGGGAUUCAAAGUUCGGUAUGGCAGAGGAGAAUGUGUCACAGUCAUUGGGUAACAUUUUGAACGCCAAGAAGGAACUGAGUGGCGUGGAAAAACUGGCAAAGAUUCAAAGUCAAAAAUUCCAAGCAUGGAAUGUUUCAUUUUCGGCGCAACUUCAGGAGCUCAAGGACAAGAUUGCCCGUGCCAAACAUGCUGCAGAAGGGAUCCGGGUUUCCCUAGAAUCGCAAAACGAGUGUAUGCGAUCGUACGCUCCAGUUUCCUACGGUCCAUCAACCACGAAUCGCAUCAUGAUGUCAGUGGCUCUUAAUUCUGAUAAUACGGAUUCACCUUUGAUCUAUCUCCAAGGAGAGGAACGUCGGUUUAUGGCCCUUGAAAUGUACAAACGAAAGAUUCGGUUGGUUUGGAAUUUGGGUGAUGAAGUGGUGGUGAUCACUCAUCCAACGGAGAUCAAGCAACGUGAUCCUAAGUAUGACGACGCAUGGUACUUUAUCGAAGCGAACAGGACGUUCAAUUUGUGUAAUCUUAACGUGCGUCGAAUGACGCACAGUGGAGUGCUGGUACAUGCAAACCCGGUUGCUGGAGCGAGUAGUUCGGUGUCCUCCACAUUGACUAUGGGCCCAAGCAGCAGGAUUUGGAUUGGUGGAGUUCCGGAUAAUUUGAGAACUCCUGAGCUGCAAACUAAAGAAGGUCUAGGGGUUGUGCUGAGUCAGAUGUAUGUGGAUCAGAGACAGCUUGGUUUGUGGCACUUUAUGUCAUCCAGUGGAGAUUGCGGUGGAGCUAUGUUGGGACCUCAGGAAAGUUCAAGCACUACUAACGAGCGACACUUUAACGGAGAUGGCUACGCAGUGCUGCAGAAGUCAUCGAGCCAUAGAAGCAAGAAUCAAUUCAGUUUGACGUUGAGCUUUAAGACGUUGGACGAGAAUGCCCUCAUAUUCCUGGCUUUGGAUGAAGUGAAUAACCGUUCCAUCUCGUUAACGCUCUACCAAGGACGGCUGGUGUUUCGCGUAGAUUACGGCGGUGAUUCGAAACUGGAAAUCAAUACAACAAACCGUUACAAUACAGGUCAGUGGGUUGUCGUUGAAGCAGCACGAUCAUUCUCCAAGGGAAGCACCGAAAAUGGCAUCCUCAAAGUGGAUAACAAGGAGGAGUUCCGGGGAGCUCCAACGAAACCGAUCAACUCGGGAAUGCUACCGAAUUUGAGUGAAAAUUACUACUUGGGUGGCGUCCCUCCAGGAUUCAAAUCUGGAACUACUAAAGCACCUGGAGCUGAUCAUGCGUUCCUUGGAUGUCUGAAAGGCGUUCAGAUAACUGGGGUAUCUUAUGAUCCGCUAGAUAGUUCCAAACACUUCGGUAUAGAGGGAUCUUGCGUUGAUACGAUCAGUAGAGCAGGGUUCUAUGGGAACGGCUUUGUAGAGCUCCCAUCGCAUAGUCUGAGGAAGCGAGCGAACUUCGGUUUCGUAUUCCGGACGUUGGAACCAAAUUGUUCCCUGUUGCUGUCUGGCUUCCCGUCGAGUCUUUCCAACGAGUAUGACUCGAAAGACAUGCGAGGAAAUUACUCUGUAUUCCUUCAUGAAGGCAAGCUCAACCUGUGGGUAGACUCCGGAGCAGGGCGCGUCGAGUUGGAAUCAAACAACUCGUUAAGUGAUGGAGAGUACCACGUGAUAAGUGUGAUCAAGCGUGGAAGAACCGUUGAACUGCGGAUCGACGAUGAAUUCCAAGGAUCCAAAGCUCUACCGAAGGCACAAGCCUUAGUCAAUAUGCCCGGUGAGAUGGGAGGUCUAUUUAUGGGAGGUGUUCCAGAUGAUCCCGCGUUCGAUUCACUGUCCAAGUCGUUCAAUGGAUUGAAAGGUGUGAUCGCCAACGUUGUGUUCAACAAUCGAACAAUUUCAUUCGAUCAAGCUAUCAACUUUACCAAUGUCCAGAUGGGUCGUUCUGGACCGGAUAUGGGCUCGAACGUGCUGCAUACGACGUUCCAACAGACGCAACCUUUCAGCCGUAGCUUCAAACCACCUCCAGAGGGAUGCAACAGGGUUGGAAGCUACUCAUACGAACCGAAUGCUUUCAAGUACGGUGACAAACCGCAAAGCCAUUCGAUAGUCAACGUUGCAGCUCGUCAUCUUUGGCAGAGGAAUUUCAAUAUCCAGUUCGAUUUCCGCACCUUCUAUCCCAAUGGAGUCCUCUUCGUGGCAUUGGGUUCCAAAGACAAAGCGAAACACUUUAUCACUUUGGGGCUAAAGGAUGGCUCCUUGACCUUAACCGUGCGGGGUCGCAAGCGGGACCAACUUCAUCUGCCAGUGAAGCUUAACGACGGUCAAUGGCAUCACGUGUCUCUGAAUAGCAUACGGAAGAAAGCCACGCUCAGCGUCCAAAUUGGAAACAGUCUCAGCUCGGCGCAGAUAAAAUUACCAAAGAAACUGAAUGCUGCCAACAAUCUGUUCGUCGGAGGCAUUCCCGACGAAACGCCACUGCCGAAGGACCUGCAACCGACGCCGGAGGAAUUCAAGGGAUGUUUGCGGAAAUUUUCGGUGAACAACAACACUCAGGACCUGGCACGGCCCGGGCGCCACUUGAACGUUGGGCAGUGCUUUCCCAGGAUUGAACAGGGUUCCUACUUUCCGGGAGAUGCGUAUGCUGUUUACAAGCGCAACUUCAAUGUUGGCAAGUUCAUGGACGUUGAUCUAGAGCUGCGGACGUCGGAAGUCAAUGGAAUAUUGAUGAGUGUUGCCGAACCCAUCAAUGGAUUCCCAGCCUUCUCGUUGGAGAUAUCGAAUGGAAAUGUCAUCCUUUCCAUCGAUGUAGGGGACGGGUACCCCAUCCGAGUUCAGAGCACACUUCCCUCCAAGUACACCCUAUGCGACAACCGAUGGCACAAUGUGUCCGCCUUGUACGAAGACCAUCAAAUCGUGCUCCGGGUGGACAACUAUCCGCCCAAUACUCUUCUGGUGCAAUCCAAUGACGUUCUGCGAAGGGUUGCCACAAAGGCACCACUCUAUAUCGGGGGACUUCCAGACACCGCACCCAGUGGAACGCUCCUCCUGCGAGAGAACUUCAAGGGCUGCAUACGAAAUGUGGUGAUACGAAACGAACGAAAAGAUUGGACCGACAUGGACAACCUUCACAACGUGUUACUGAGCGAGUGCCUAGCUGUUAAUUAACCCAUUUCGAUCAUUGCAUCCGUGUACAUAGUAGAUCAUUCUUUUACGCCAAUACGCUUACUUAGUGAGGGUACAAUGCAAGUAAAGCGAAACCUGGCCCUCGUUUCAGACCGACAGUCCGAAAGAUGGCGAACUCCGACAUACCAAAAACAACAAAAUAUAUACUUAUUCUGUAUAAACGAAUCGAAAUGCUCCAAGAGGCUUCCUACUUUAAUGUAGCUUCCUGUUGAACGUCGAAAAACCGUUUCUGCGAUUGUAACAACGAAGAGAUAUGAACAUAUGUAAUCAAUGUGCCUUUCUUGGACACUUUCCCACAUGUAUGAUAGAAACGUACGCGUACAAACCACCGAUCCUAAAUCAUAAUUUUGCACUUUACAUCGUAAGUGAUCGAAUGCAACUAAACAUAUGUGUUCUAAUUGAAAGCCUUGUAAAAUACAUUCAAGUCAAACUGUUGAGUAACUUUAAGUAUUUAUUUAGACAAACUUAAUCCAAUACAACUGCCAAUCAUUGUUUUCAGUGUUAAUCCUAUUCUGAACACUAUUUAUCGAAAGGAUCUUAACAGUAAGAUAAAACAAAAAAAAAAUUGCUGCCAUAAAAUCGGAUAGAAUUACAUAUUUAAUGUCUUAUUUAACACUAUGAAAGCCUGUUUCAACGGAGGGAAUUCAAAUAUUGAAGGUGUAAAUUGUUCUUUAUUCAUAUUAAUUUAAACUUUUUUUUUUUAUAAAACUCUAUUUCCUAAGCCCAUGUGAAGAAAAUGUAGCUAAAUGUUUCUGUGAAAUGGAUCAAAGAAAACGAAUAAAUAUUUUGCAUGUA